UUGAAACGCCAAGGGUUGUGCCUGAGCUGUGUGUGCAGAGCCCUGACAGUGAGGCUUCUGGACAGGACUCAGUCAGCCAGAACAAGGAGGGCAGGGCCAGCGAGAGUGAGGAGGCCACAGAUGUCUUCAGCUGGCAGUUUGAGAACAUUCUGGAGUCUGAGCGCCUGCGCAGCACACUCUACAGCAGCCUAGACUCACUGGACGCCCUCUCUUCGACCGAGGAGACUGAGCCUGAAUUUGAAGCUGGAGCUGAGCCAGCCUUAACCUUUGACCUGCCACUCACACCUAUGAUUCAGCAGCGUCUCAAAGACAGUAGCCUUUUCUUGGGCACUCAGCCGGACCUCGGGUGCCAAGAGGUGCUCAGUGUCACAGCCACAGGCAGUAGCGGCAAAGCUUCUCUGGAAGUGACAUCAUCUUUCCUGAACGCAGGCAACCUGGAGCCCAUGAAGGAUGGGCCCAGAGAUAGUGCCCUGUCCAAUGGGAUGUUGGAGGGCACAGAGAGGGACCAAAAAGACUGGCUCAAUAGCUGCAUCAGCAGCGAUGCAGGGCUGAAGGACGCAUUUUCAGACUGGGACUCGGAUAUGGGCAGCAGAGAGCGACUGAAGGACAGCACUGACACACUGCACAAUGGUAACCGUGGGGACCAGGAGGCCGCUCGACGCCUCGCCCGACGCCUUUACCACCUGGAGGGCUUCCGUCGCUCUGAUGUAGCCAAACACCUGGGCAAGAACAAUGACUUCAGCAAGAUGGUUGCCGAAGAGUACCUCACUUUUUUUGAAUUUACAGGGAUGACAUUGGACCAAUCUCUCAGAACCUUUCUGAAAGCUUUUGCACUAAUGGGUGAAACCCAAGAGAGAGAGCGGGUUUUAAUCCACUUCUCCAAUAGGUACUAUCAAUGUAACCCCACCAUCAUCGCCUCAAAAGAUGGAGUGCAUUGCCUUACAUGUGCUUUGAUGCUGCUGAACACUGACCUUCACGGCCAUAAUAUCGGGAAAAAGAUGUCGUGCCAGGAAUUCAUCAAUAACCUGGAUGGGCUAAACGAAGGGCAUGAUUUCCCCCGAGAGCUGCUGAAGGCACUGUACAACUCAAUCAAAAAUGAGAAGCUGGAAUGGGCAAUAGAUGGCGAUGAGCUGAAGAAAUCAUUGUCUGAGUUAGCCGAUAACAAGACAGAGAAUACCCAUUCAAAGAGCAUCAGCAGGAUUGGCAGUGGUAGUAACCCUUUCCUUGACAUUGCCCAUGAUCCCAAUGCCGCUGUCUACAAGACUGGCUUCCUGGCCCGCAAAAUCCAUGCUGACAUGGAUGGAAAGAAAACACCAAGAGGAAAAAGAGGUUGGAAGACAUUUUAUGCUGUCCUGAAAGGCAUGAUCCUCUAUUUACAGAAGGAUGAGUAUAAACCAGAGAAAGCUUUGUCAGAGGAGGACCUGAAGAAUGCCAUCAGUGUGCACCAUGCCCUUGCCAUUAAGGCGGUGGACUACGAGAAGAAGCCUAAUGUGCUCAAGCUCAAGACAGCCGACUGGAGAGUCUUUCUCUUCCAGGCCCAGACCCCUGAGGAGAUGGAUUCUUGGAUCAGAAUAAUCAACUCAGUGGCAGCCAUGUUCUCAGCUCCGUCAUUCCCCGCAGCCAUUGGCUCACAGAAGAAAUUCAGCCGUCCACUGCUACCUGCAACCACCACUAGGAUGUCUCAGGAGGAACAGCUGAAGUCCCAUGAAGCCAAGCUGAAGCAUAUCUCCACAGAACUGGCUGAGCACAGAUCCUACCCCCCUGAUAAAAAGGUCAAAGCCAAGGAGAUCGAUGAGUACCGCUUGAAAGAGCAUUACCUGGAGUUUGAGGAGAACCGUUACGAGAUGUAUGUGAAGCUUUUGAAGGAGGGUGUGAAGGAGCUUUUGGCUGGGAAAGAUGGUGAAGCAGCGCUGAAGAAGUCCCAGUCCAGCCCAUCUCUCAACCAGGAAUCCCAACCGGCAACUGCCAAAGUUAAGCGCAACACUUCUGAGAGGAAGGACUACCGGCCCGAAACACCCAAGGUGACAUAGGAAACUUCCCAGUCCUGUGAGACAGCCAUUCUACAAAGUGUGUGAAUAUAUUUUAUGUAAUUUAUUUAUCUGCUCACCUUUGUAACAGAAGCAGUUGUGUAAAAUGUAAAUGAUGGAUGAUAUAAAUGAUGGAUAAUCAUCCACCUUAGACUGACUGGUGCUUGUGUACCGAUCUGUAAGGGACAUUAAUUACAUACA